GAGCAAUAAUGGGUGCGAGUUGCCACCCAAAUUAAACAAUAUCCCCCUAAAAUCCACUGAAAACUAUAAUAAAUAGUACUUUUAGCAGUAGUAAAAACUAAUGGAAAUUAAAUGUGUAUAUUUUUAAGUUUAAGGUCCCAUCCAAUCAUCUCUUUUAUUUUAAAAGUGUCCCCAGUGGUAUUUAACUAUUGUUUUUAGAGUAAAUAAAAAAGUGUCCUUUUCUGGGACAUAGUUUCUCCAGAGUAGCAUUAGAAAUAAAAAAUAAAAAAAAGAAAAACUAAAUAUGUGCUUUAUUGUAAGGGCUUAUCUUCCUAAAUCAGUUUUUGUUUUGCAAUCUCCCCUGCAGCGAGCACACAGCUGAUGCAGCACUAACCGUCUCAGCUGCGGGAUCGUCUCAUUUCGUCAAUCUUCGCGAAAACACGGAAGUCUACUUUUUUUUUUCUUUUAAACCCUCGUUGGCUGGUUUCUUCCCCCGUAAAAAAAGAACCAGCUUUGCGUGAAAAAAGCGUCACUUGGUUGCGGGGAUGUGGAUUCGUAUUUCUUGAUGGCUGAGCUGGACCAAAGUCAUUUCAUUUGAAGAUAAACGACGCAGCAUCGUGGGGCGGGGCUUCAUCUCUUCCUGCCGCGCUGUCGGAGGUGUUUGUCUUGUCAUGAAAGCCAUGGAGAAAUUAGAGGCUACAUCCGAGCUGCAGUCACGGCUGUCCUCCCUGUCCUUCUCCUCUUUCCCCGGAAUAGCAUCCAAACAGUGUGACAGCAGACCUCCGGACAGGCUUCACAGUACAAAUCUUUCAGAGAGCUUUACCCAGUCUGUAAACAGCACUGGUAUGGACACAACCAAAGACCCAGGACAGCUUUGUGAGGGUAAUCAAGAGGCUCCUGUCGUGCCAGCCCCGGGGGCAGGAAGCGAGGCGAAUGUCAGUGAAAAAGACUGUCAGCCCUCUGCUGAGAUGAAAGCCCAGAUGCCGCCCCUGCAGCCCGCACACACAUGGACGUCUGCCGCUGUGAAGGAACUAAAGGCGAAGCUUCGACCCGAGAAGGACAGUGUGGUGACGGUGUACCGAGGCGACAUCAUGACGGUUAACGUCCCCACUGUCCCCGAAGCCAAAAAAGUGUGCUGGGAGUUUGCCACGGACGGCUAUGACAUUGGAUUUGGGAUAUAUUUUGACUGGACUCCUGUGACAAACCGAUCCAUCACCGUGCACAUCAGUGAGUCGAGCGACGACGAAGAUGAAGAGGAGGAGCUGGAAGGGCCUGUCAGUAAUGGAGACGUCGAGAAGGGAUCCAAAAGUCAAACCAACUCAAACUUGGGCGAAAUCCUCCCCGUGUAUCGGCAGGACAGUCAUUUGUCUGUCCACGGCGGGAGCCACGAUUUCCCAGGUGAAGGCACUUACCUCCUAAAGUUUGACAACUCCUACUCCCUUUGGAGAAACAAAACACUUUACUACAGGGUUUAUUAUAGUGUCUGAGAUUGCAAUUUACUGCUUACGAAUGUGCGAUUUAAAGAAUAUUCCCAAGAACAAUGAACUAUUUUAAUUUUUUUUUUGGAAAAAAUAUAUAUCGAAAUGACAUACCGGCAUAUCUAUUUUUAUCACUUUUGGCUUGUCGUGUCACUUGUUGGAGAUGUGUAUGGCUAAAAUGUUGAUCACCUGCUUCAGUGUCUUGUCGGCAUAUAUUUAUCAAAGCCAUGCAUAUGUGCCAUAUUAUUUCCUUGUACAUACUGUACUAUUCGGUCAAGUGCCCGUCAUAAAACGCCUAUUGUCUUUGCCUGUGACAUUUCAGUGACAGCUGGUGUCGAGGAACACCUGACCAGGUGCUCCGUCUGAAAUGGAGUUUAACUUGUGUUUCUGUGUUUGUGCGCUUUUAUGAUCACUGUCUUUUUGUUGACCGCUUUAUCCGUCAACUAUAUGUUUUUUUUGUAUGUGUUGAAAAUAGAUUUGAAAAAAUACUUUUUUUUUGUUUGUUUUAAGAAAAAAAGAUUUAUCAUCUAAAGAAAGUAGUAUCUGAUUCAGAGCGAGCUCUUUAUGACACAAAUAAAAGCCAUCUCUUAUCGCAGAAAUGUCUCAUUAUAUAAUAGAGAUUCAAUAUUUACGUUUGCUUUGCCUACAUUUUUAUUAGGUAGAUGAAUUGCAUUUAAAUGUAUCUCGUGCACAUGUCUUUCUGAGUGCAAAUCACUGUUUUUGAAUGUUUUGUGUCCUUUGGAAAACCUUUUUUUGUGAACUCGAACACCUCAAACACUUUAAAUUGCUUUUUUCCCCCAAAGACAUCCUAGAUUGGGCUGCUAAUGUUGUGUGCAAUGUUAAAAAAAUGGAUUUAUUUGCUCUACUGUAACUUUACUGUAAGUUAUACUGAAGAUAUUUGUUCCUAAAGUUUAUAUUCCACAAUAAAGAUAAUAUUAUGUAGCUCUCUUUGUCAUUUUUUUUCAAUUUUUUUUUUGUUUUAAGAAAUUGUUGUACAACA